AUGAGUCGUUACGGUGGGUCUUCCAAUGUUGUCAACAGCGGUAACAACCGUUCACAACUUACAGAACUGUUUAUAAAAAAAAUACUAGCACACCUGGAUGACACUGAUCCGCAAAAGUUGACUCAUUUUUUAAACCUUUUCAACCCAACUAACUGCAAAGUGAUAGUAAAUGCCACCCCAUUUGCACAGCCAGCCAUAUUCCUGGAAGUGUGGCAAUCCAGCGUAGUCCAGACACAGCAUGCUCUCACUGCAGUCGAUUACCAUAUAAUACCAGGCUCUCAAACAAUGAUUUGCAACGUCAGUUGCAAAGUGCGCUUCGAUGAAAGUGGGAAGGACAAGAUGGGUCAAGACUCGGUCGUUGCGUCCAACGAAGGCAACAUCGGCAUGAAUAAAACCAGUGCGAAGCCCAACUCAAGACCACUUUGGGGCUCGUACUUCGGAGUGUCACUACAACUAGUCAUCGAAGAAAGAGUGUUUAACAAUGACAUGAAUGGAGUGAUAUCAGGUUUCAACUACAACAUGAUCUACAAGCCACAGGACUCGUUGAUCACAAUAUAG